AUGGCGCUGGCGAACGAUGGAUCACUACCCCUGGUGUUAUUCCUGUACGAAGGCGGCGAUGAUGAUGACCGGUUCUGCGAGAGCCUGAUGCGAGCCUUAGCUGACGGCUCGCGACCGCCCUCCCAGAUUGCCGCCGAGCUCGACGCCUGGGUUGUGCGCCAGUCCUCGCAUCGAUUCCGGGAACUCGUGGCGCGACCGGAGUUGCUGGAGAGAGACGAGACCGGCUGGGUGACCCCCCGUAGCACGCCAAACGCGAGCGGAUAUGUUGGGACCUUCUUCCAGAGCUUCCCUAACCUGUGUUCCGUCUUCCCGCUGUAUCAUCCAGGCCAGACUCGGAUUAUCCAGUUUCUCGAGGCUCUGAUGGCCGUGCCCGAGCACCAGGCUCCCGACUACAUCCCCGACGGCGGCGAUGUUAACGACGUUCAGAUGAUGGCCCUGUGGCCGAGCAAUCACUACGCGACCGAGGCCUUUCGCAUCGGAGCAGACGCUAUCAGAUAUUACGGUUCCGGGAUUGAGAUCCCGGGCAGCGAGCCAGAGACACGGUGGCGUAACUAUCAAUCCUGCAUGGCGCAUAUCGUUAUGACGGGAUUCAGCGCGUGCGAAUUUACGAGCGCGUUGAGAGAUAUCAUGCCCUGCGGCAAGGAAUGCCCCCCCAGCUUUGACGUGGGAAUCUGCAACGACCCCCAGGAGAUCGGCGGCCACAUCCAGGCCGCCGUACAAUGGCUUAUCCACCCCGACGAGGUCCGGUACGUUUACCGGCAGUGCCAGAAGCAGGACAGGACGGACGAGAAGAACCCCCGUGACACGUGGAGCAUGGAAAACUGGAGGGUUUGGAAAGAACAACUUCGCUUUUUCGCCGGAGACGAGAGGGUCGAUUCACCAGCACGUGAGCUGGCACGCGUAGCAGUUGAUCAGAUGGAGAAGGUCGAGGCGUAGGACGGAUUGGGGUUCCCCAACCCUUCUCUUGUCAUCUCUCUUCUUUCUCUCCCGGCUAUCCCGCCCUCCUGGCGACACCCUGGUCCUAUUACGAUGGCUAUUCUGUUAUAUUAUGAUACCGUACUUCAGGAGCGAGUCCGGAAACAGUGCCAGUAAGGUUGCUUGCAACGGAUACCGGGUCCCCUAUGGUUACUAUAGUCGGCGAAUCCUAGGUGUGUCUAUUCCAAGAGAAUUUAUGUCCUGGCUUAUUUAAGUCCAAUCUGAAGUUAUUUAUUAUAGGCACCCUGGAGCAACCUGUAUUUCACUUGAAAAUAUACUUGCCGUCAAACUGCGUGGCCAUGUUUUAUCCCGUACUCCUUUCUUGCCCGAUACCUCCCCACGGUCAACGCCACAAAGACUGUCCCUUAAACAUACCUAUCCCCCAAGACCCAACUCUUCAAUGGAAA